AUGGCCUCUUCAUCAACAGUUUUUCCUCCUGACCCGCCGUCGAUACGGUUGAAGGAACCCGCCAGCAAUGGAGACUACUCUGCGAACCACAAGAACCCACCGCCUCUGCUGUCAGAGUUGAAAACGCUGGAUACAGCAGCCCCGGAGCCCCCGGUAGUCGAAGAUGGGCCGUUGGGAAACUCCCCAGGCAAUCCGGCGGAAGCCGCGAAGGGUGCGCAGUCAGGGCGAGAGCUUCUUCGACGCCUCAGUCUCGUGGGUAACAAGCCGAUGCCCUCCAUCAUGACGAGUCCUGAAGAGCAUGCAGACCUGAAUUUAACAGGCCGGAUCAUCAGUGCUGCGUUUUGCAUCCCCUACAAGGUCCGCUAUGGAUCUGGAUUGGACUGGGAAUUACAAAAUCGCCCAGGAACAUCCGCUCUAUUUGAUCACUUUCAAUACUUAGCUUCCACUGCCAAUUCGUGGUCGCAUACUCUUGUAGGAUGGACCGGAGAAGUCGAGAAGUCAACACAACAGCUCUCAUAUUUCCAGCCACGAGGCAUACCGAACUCUGAUGCCGAGUCACCGCAGUUUCGGACCACUUUAAUGCCUUUGAACAAAGCUUCGGCCCCUAUCCCUGUCGAUGCGAAUAGAAAGUCAGUGCCACCGGCUGCUGAUGGAAUCAAAAUCACAAAGGAUGCCAGAGAUCGUCUUGAAGAGCAAUUGAGCUCAAGCAAGUAUGGGAAAAUACUACCUGUCUGGCUUUGUGACAAUUCAGAGCCUCCAGAUCAGACUCUCCUCCUUAGAGAUCAAACGCGCUGGCGACGCUAUGCCGAACGUGAGAUAUACUCGCUAUUUCAUUAUAAGCAGCAUGGCCCGAAUGAUGGGCGGGCUGAGCGCCGCUGGUGGCAGGAUUAUCGGCGAAUGAACCAGCUGUUUGCUGAUAGGAUUUUGGAAGAAUAUCAACCAGGCGAUAUAGUCUGGAUUCAUGAUUACCACUUACUUCUAUUACCCAGCCUUUUAAGACAGCGAAAUCCUGAGAUAUAUAUUGGCUUCUUCCUGCACAUCCCAUUUCCUAGCAGUGAAUUUUUUCGCUGCCUAACACGAAGAAAAGAAAUUCUUACUGGUGUUUUGGGUUCGAAUAUGGUCGGUUUCCAAUCGUUCACUUAUUCACGACAUUUUUCUUCUUGUUGUACCCGCAUUCUCAGAUUUGAAUCCAAUUCUGCGGGAAUUGACGCAUACGGUGCCCAUGUGGCAGUUGACGUGUUUCCCAUUGGAAUCGAUGUCGAAGCCGUGCGAAAGCUGGCAUAUGGAGAACCAAGCACCGAAAGAACCAUCGCGGAGAUUAAAAAGCUUUACGCAGGAAAGAAAAUUAUCAUUGGUCGGGAUCGCCUUGACUCGGUUCGCGGUGUGACCCAAAAACUAAUGGCGUUCGAAAUGUUUUUGGAGCGCUAUCCUCAGUGGCGUGAUAAAGUCGUCUUAAUCCAAGUAACUAGUCCUACCAGUUUGGAAGAAGAAAAGGAGGAGCCGGAAACCAAACUUUCCAGUCAGAUGUCGCACCUCGUCGCAACAAUUAAUGGCAAGUAUGGCUCGCUCAGUUUUUCACCUGUUCAGCAUUACCCUCAAUAUCUCCCUCGGCAUGAAUAUUUCGCACUCUUACGGGCCGCAGACGUUGGUCUUAUCACCAGCGUUCGUGAUGGUAUGAAUACAACCAGUUUGGAAUACAUUCUCUGCCAACAGGAAAAUCAUGGACCCCUGAUUCUUUCUGAAUUUUCCGGCACCGCCGGAACCCUACAUAACGCCAUUCACAUCAAUCCUUGGGACUCAGGGGGUGUAGCCGCGGCGAUUCACGAAGCACUCACGAUGAGUCCUGAAAAAAAGCUGGAACAGCACGAGCCACUGUAUAAACAUGUAAUAACAAAUACUGUUUCGAGAUGGUCGGAUCACUACGUCUGGCGGCUUUUGACCAAUCUUUCUUCGUUUAAUCAGUCCAUUGCGACGCCGGUCCUCGAUAAAGUCAAAUUACUCGAACAGUAUCGCAAGGCUCGGAGUCGCCUGUUCAUGUUCGAUUACGACGGUACAUUGACACCUAUUGUCAAGGAUCCUCAGGCAGCUAUUCCGUCAGAUCGUGUGGUGAGAACACUCAAGACUCUAGCUGCUGACCCCAAGAACUCGGUCUGGAUUAUAAGCGGGCGCGACCAAAAUUUCCUAGAAGAGUGGAUGGGGCAUAUCUCUGAACUUGGGUUGAGUGCAGAACACGGUUGCUUUAUUCGCAAACCGCAUAAUGAUACUUGGGAGAAUCUGACAGAUAAAUCUAACAUGGGAUGGCAGAAAGAGGUCGUCGACGUAUUUCAGUAUUACACUGAAAGAACACAAGGCUCCUUCAUUGAGCGCAAGCGCGUUGCCUUAACAUGGCAUUAUCGACGAGUUGAUCCCGAGUACGGAGCCUACCAGGCUAAAGAGUGUAGAAGGCACCUGGAAAGUACGGUGGCGAAGAAAUGGGACGUCGAGAUUAUGGCAGGCAAGGCGAAUCUGGAGGUUCGACCAACAUUUGUCAACAAGGGGGAAAUUGCGUCGAGACUCGUCAAUGAAUGUGAUGGCCAGCCGGAGUUUGUUCUUUGUCUAGGUGAUGAUUUUACCGAUGAAGAUAUGUUCCGGGCUUUGCGACGGUCGAAUCUUCCCCCCGACCGUGUUUUCUCAGUCACUGUUGGUGCAAGCUCCAAGCAAACGGAGGCUAGCUGGCAUCUACUUGAGCCAUCAAACGUCAUCGCUACGAUCAGCCUCUUGAACAGUUGCGACGACUAA